UUAGUUUUGUUUUACACACUGAAGUGCACGGACAUUGUGUAUUACAGUGAAGUUACAGGAACUUUGCCAGAUUUUUUUCUGUGUGUACCUCUUAUUACGAUAAGAAAAAGAUUGUGGACAUUUAAAUAUACACCUUAUUUGUAGACGCAGUGUAAUUAUAUAAUUCAGGAAAAGGGAUUGUUUUCAUUUUUUCGGAUUUUUUUAGAGGAUAAUAGUGAUGUGUAGAGGACUACAGAAUUUGUAAUUGUGAGGAUUCAGACAUUUAAAUGUCAUUACAAUGAAACUGUAACAUGUGACCAAUAGAACAGGGGUGAAUUUACACAGUUUAUAAAUCCCAUUCAUGCAACAUUUUCUUGCCUCAUUAAAUUUAUCUUUGUUUGGAUUUAUAUACGUGAUGAGUUUUAAGACUAGGAUGUCGGCUUCUUCUUUUAAUGGAGUUGUCAAAUCUUACCAGGCUGGCCGGUGAGGUCUAUUUGGACAUGAUUUGUUUAUCAGUGGAAGCAAAAAGUUCAUUGAAAAUCAUCAUGGUUUUGGGUUUAAAUUAAUUGUGAAGUCACUUGUCAAAUAAUAGGAACUCGAGACUGUGAGUUUUACAUUUAGAGAUAGGACCCGGCAAGAGACAGUCACAGAGUACAAAUGUUAUGUUCUGUGAACUUUGAUACCUGCAGCCAAAUCGUAUGUCAUAAUGGAUUUUAAUUGAAAAAAAAAAAAAUUAGGAAAAAAUUGUGCAUUUCAACCAUUCCAACCAUAUACAUGUAUGGCUCAAAAGCUAGCUGGAACUGAUGGAUAUGUGGAAAGAAUGAGGGAUAAAAUGAGUUAAUUUUGCUGUGUUAAACUUAUAAUUCUGUGGGAUGGAUUUGGAUUAUUGAGUGAUUAAACACAGAAAAAUUUAACAAUUCUCAGACAGGUCCAGACAUUAUAAGAUGGAGUAUGAAGGUUAUUUCUUGGUAGCCAAAUUCCAGCAUGGCUGAGGAGCCCUCUGAUUUGGAGGACUUUGAGGUGGAAAAGGAAAUGGCGCCCUCUGGUGAUAAGGGGAAAUCUUCCAUCAGUCGGUUUUCCCGUGACAACUGGAGGCAGUCGCUCGGUAACCGACCAGACAUGUACAAAUGGUUAGAGGCUCAGGAGAGGCAGCAAGAAAGGCUUCAUAGCCCCAUACACCAGAUGGAGAGAAGGGAACCAGUUGGGGGAGCCAGUACAGAACCAGGGAACGACUCAAAAGUGGAAAACCACACACACAGUGGUAUUCUUAUCCAUCUACCCAAUGACGGAGGACCGCUGGGAAUCCAUGUCGUGCCGGAUUAUGACGACUCAGGAAGAGAACUAGGGCUGUUGGUACAAGGUGUGGAGGAAGGAGGGAGAGUGUCAAAAGAUGGAAGACUCCGAGAAAAUGACCGCAUAAUUGAGAUCAAUGGACAAACACUUGUAGGAGUUACAUUUUCCAAAGCUCAGGACAUUUUUCGCUCUGCCAUGAGGGACAAUGACAUCAGAUUGCGCAUCAUCAAAAAACAAGUUCCCCCACCCCUCCCCAAACAACCUCCACCCCCCGUCAUGCCAAAACCAAAGAACCACACCCCUGCCAAACCCUCCCCCCUUACACUACCCCCGCCCCGACUGAAUGAGUCCGACCUUUCCAGCCCCACUGGGCCAGAGCAGACCAGCACCCCUAUAGUAUCUGUACAAAAUAGUAGUAACAGUAGUAUUGAGGGGUACGCCCCCUCCCCCAUUAAGCCAGCUGUCCCUGCUAAACCUGUCUCCCCCACAAAGAAGGUGCCCCCCGCGGUACCCACGAGAAAUCCAGGCACCACUCUGUCAUCCAAUGUGUCCAAGGAACGCAGCAAAUUGGUGGCCCCCACCAACACCAAGAAAAUUGGCAAGAAGAUGGAGAUAACUCUUAUCAAAGGUCCAGUUAGCCUUGGUUUCAGUGUGACUACCAGAGAUAACCCAGCUGGAGGGGAUUCCCCAAUCUAUAUUAAGAACAUCCUUCCCAGAGGAGCGGCUAUUACUGAUGGAAGGUUAAAAGCAGGAGAUAGACUGCUGGAGGUAAAUGGCGAAGACCUGACAGGGAAAACCCAGGCUGACGUUGUCUCUGUGCUGAGGAAUGCCCCCAUGGGAAGCUCAGUACAGCUGGUGAUAUCACGACAAGAGGUGGUGGACGAAAAGUUCCAAGUCCCGCGAGAGCUGCGAGACGCUCCCGUCUCUGACCCCCCUCCUGUCUUACAGCCGCCAGAGAAAUCGGGGGACACCGACGGCUCGCUGACUGCCGGGCGCAACAAGGAGAUUCUACGUCUGGACAUUCCACUGUCCGAUUCUGGGUCGGCGGGGCUCGGGGUCAGUGUCAAGGGUAAAACCAUGACAACGGACCGAGGCACCAGGGAUCUGGGCAUUUUUGUCAAGUCUGUGAUAAAUGGAGGGGCAGCAUCAAAGGAUGGCCGGCUUGCAGUAAACGACCAACUGAUAGAAGUAAACAAUGAGAAGCUGAUGGGACUAUCAAACACGGAGGCCAUGGAGAUGUUAAGGAAAGCAAUGCAGAUGGAGGGGCCCAUCCCAGGGUACAUUCAUCUGGUUGUCGCCCGUAAAAUUGGAGCCCCUUCCCCCUCCCCGUUCACUCAGGAGGCUUCCCAUGAUGCUUUUGUUUUCGGUGCUAAUAAUAAAAUGGUCCGAGAGACAGACCACGUGGAAAAUUUAAGAACGAAGGAAAACCUGAUAGAUUCUUACAGACAAACUAGUGAUACCCCAUUGGAGCCUCACAGAGGCCUGGAUUAUUUAGAUGGGGGAAGUAAAGCUAGGAAUUUCUUAAUCGAACGUCUCACGAAUGGGGGACUUAGGAAUGAAUCAUACACGAAGGCCACCAGAGAUGAAAUGGACGAUAGUGCUUUGUCACAUGAUCAGGAUGAAGGACUGCGGAACCAGUCAUAUAAUUUUGCUUUACAAGGUAGCGGGAAUAUAUUGUCACCAGGAACUUCACCGUUGAAACCCAUGCAAAAGAGUUCACCCUUAGUGGGUCCCAAUGUCAUGAUAGAGAAUGACGAGGAAGAGGCGGAGAGCAGACAGAGGAUGCGGCCCCACUCUACUAUUGGGUUCCUCCACCACCACUUUAACAGUUCUAGCUCAGAGGAACUAGACCAGCAGCCCGUGUGGCUCCAGGGUGGGGACUGGGGGCCGCCUGUCAGCCCGGGAGGGGAGGAAAUGUCGCCCACCAGUCCCUUGGGAGAGUUCAAGCGUGAAGGUUUUGGACGACAAAGUAUGUCUGAGAAACGGAAAGGUCAUAUUGACCCAAGUCGAAGUGAAGUAUAUCAACGCGUCAAAUCCAGCCGACAAAAAGGUGGCAGCACAGGUACAGGAAGUCUGAAGAGGGUCGGGUCGGCCGAGUCUCUGUUGAGUCGGAAUUCCCGGAGUCGUCCCCGAACGUCACGCUUACCUCCCUUACCAAAGCAUGGCCAGCGUAUUAUGGACAAACCCCUUGAUGUGCCCCACUCCAACCUGAAACGCUUCAGCUCCCUGGAGAAUCUGGCUCAGGUUGCGCCGGGGGACACGGACGAGAGUAGGGAGAGUCUGGACGCCUCCCACGAGAGUCAGGAGGAUUCCCACCGCGGGGUCAAGCUAGGGCGGGGGAGGGGCUGUAAUCUCAGCUUCAGGGCAGCAGUCGACCGGUCCUAUGACCCAGUCCCCCAGGAACUCACUACCAUGGAUCCACAAGAUCAGAAUCAAACACAGGAAGGAAAUCUGGAAACCAGUGAGGGCUUCACUGUAGGAGAACAGGUGGAGGAGGAGAGCAGUGAGGGAGGAUCGGUCACACAGGGAGGGGUCACGACCUCGGGACAUUCCUCCAUGAGCAGCGAGCCAGAGGACCCCAGAAAAGCCAAGAAGAAACCCGCCAAGGAAAAGAAAGGACCAGGGGGAAUAUUUAAAGGGUUACUCAGGAGGAGCAACAAAAGUAAAAAAGAAGAAGCAAAAGCACAGGAAGAAACAGACAGACAGAUUGGGUCAGAGGAAAGGUCAAAGUCAGCAGACUCCAGGGAAGACAGUUUUAAGGAGUUGUUUGAGGAAACUGAAUAUGAAAGAAUUCAGGAACAGGUCCGACAAUUACAAGACCAGCAGAGCAAUGCGGAAUUCCUGAGACUCGAACAAAGAUACUCCGACAACCACACCCCGCGGCUGUCACGUAACUCCCCCCAACUACAGGACAAAUUCUCUAGACUCACCCCAACCCACAAAGCAGACCACUCGUCACGGUUCACCAAUAACUCACCUCAUCCAACCGACCAUCUGUCACGGAUUACCGAUAACCAGUUCACGGCUGGUCCUCCGUCGGGAAGGUCCGCGGAGGACCCGGAGUCCUGGUCGCGCGCCCAGUGGAUCCAGCAUCUGAGGAGAGAACACCAGCGCCGACAUCAGGAGAGGGAGGGACAUUACCCGCUGGACGACUCGGAGGAGCGAUACGAACAGGAGAUUCAGGAGGAGGAGACUAGGGUAGGGCAGCCGUGGCACGGCGCUAACCAGCGAUAUGGGAACAGUGCAAUACCAGAAAACAUUCUGUAUUCAAGGCAUCCAUCAAGUUCUGUUGUCACUGACAACAGUUACCAUGGAUACCAGGGUAACAGAACACAGAAUGCAGGACAUUCCUAUCCUGAAAGACCUCAUAGCCGACCAGCCUAUCAGGAACCCUCAUCUUAUCACCCUAACUACAGUUACCAUGACAACAUUAUCCAUCAGCGACAGCGUAGUAACGAAUACAUUCCUCCUCGUCAACAGGCCAUUGAUCACUUUCAUCAGAGACAGAACAGUGACUUAUCUGAGCAGCACACACAUGAAUUUUAUUCCCGGAGACUCCCUCCACCUCGCCCUUUUACCCCCAGGGAACAUUGGCAGGACACAGAGAGUGCCCCUGCCCUGCUAAGACAGUACCCCCACCCCCAUCCUCCCCCAGGCCCUGCCCCCCAGUACGGGGACCCUAUCUUUGCCUACAGAGACCCUAUCUAUCCCUCCAUGGCGGGAAAACGUUCUGUACAGUCCCUCUCACAGACGGGAUCAGCAAAAGUUUGACGUAAAGAAUGAUUCCUCUGUUUUGUAGAAGAUUUUAUCUGGGAUAAUUUUAUAUUUUAAAUGGAUGGACAGUUUGGUUGCUGACAGUAUGCCAUAUAGACUGUGAAUUCUGUGUUGUGUAAGACAAAUGUGAUUAAUGAUUUCUUAUUCCACGAUCAUUUUUGGAAGUUGGAAAACUCUGAAGAGUCUGGAAAUGCACAAGGCAGUUAAAAUGAAAAAUCUUGUAUUGCUUUGUGUAGAAUUUUAUUUUUUUUUACAAAGAUUAUCUACAAAGGUAGAAAAUUUUAGAAUAGAACAAAACAAAACAAAACAUUCCAUUAGAUUUGGUCUUGGUUUCAAUUUGUUACAUCUUUUAAAACCACUGAACUUCAUUCUUCAUGGAUUAUUUAAUGUCUGAUUGAGUGUAUAAUGUAUUCAAAAUCCAGAACUUAGUUAUACAGAUGUCAUCCAAUCAUAUUUUGCAUAUGCAAAUUUCAUCCAAUCAUUUUUGGCUUAUGCAAAUUUCAACCAAUCAUUUUUGGCAUAUGCAAAUUUCAUUCAAUCAUUUUCAAUGUAUGCAGAAUUUUUUGCUACACGGAUAUUAUUCAGUCAUUUCUUCCAAUAUGCAGAAUCUUCAUAAUGCCAUUUGAUAUGCAAAACAAUAACAAGGUGUCUUGUAUGUUUUUUUUUUAAUGUCAGCUUUUUUUAUCAUAGGAAGUUAUAAGUAAAGAUGUACAUAUCUCAUGUAAGCAUAUAGUUUCAGUUGCCUGAAGGUUUUACAUUCCGUACCACAUGAGAACAAUAUAUACUGUGUAUUAAGUACAUGUGGGUACAAUUAUUCUAUUUUUUCUACAUUUUUAAGAAUAUUUAUUUGACGUUCUUUUUAAAAAUGCCGGUAAACUGUAACAUUUAUCAGAAUAUACCUGAAUUAUACAAUAAAGGAGGUUAAUAUCGUUAUAAAUCAAUUAAUUUUAUUCUGCAAAAUGUAUUUUACCUGCAAAUAAAACUAGGAACAAAGAUCUUCAGAAUAAUGAGUAUAUAUUAGCUAUUUAUUAUUUUAUUGAGGUACUGCCAAAAUCUUGAAUUUUCUUGAACUCUGGAAAUUAUUUCCAAUGUAAAUUCUGACAGUUGCAUGAUUUUCCCUCAAGAUAUAGUUUUUGUGUCUGGGUCAUAAGAAAUAUACUAGUGUCACUCUUCCUGGGAUGAUAUAUUAAAAGAGGAAAAAAUAGUGUAUUGUUUGAAGACCAUUCAAAAGUUUCUUUAACUAUAAUAUACAACAAGAAAAACCUCAAAUAAUUCAUUGUACAAAAAAUCGGAAAUGUUCAUUAAAUUGACAUUUCUGAUUUUUUUUUUGGUGAUAUUUAGAUUUUCUCCUUUUAGUGAGAGACAUGCAUUGACCUGUUUACAUACAUGUCAUAGGUAAAUUUAAUUUUCAGUGCACUUGGGGAAAAAAGAAGGAGUCUUAUUGUAGACAUGUUUGGGAUAUAUUACUUAUAAUGACAUUGUUGCUACUAUUAAUAAAAUGAUAUUAAAGAUGAA